AUAUUUUUACGGACCAUUUCAAGUAAAGAAAUAUUUGUUCUGCAUACAUUUUGUUAUUAAAAUCCGGACAAGGAGUCGACUUUCUCGUUUACCUGAAGGUUUUCAUGAUUACUUUCAUUCACUGAAGACUCGCGGGUGUUUAACACAUUUUCAACACUGUAAUUGAGGCAAACGCCUUCUGACCAAAAAAUAAUAAUGCUAACCUGUUUAAACUUUAAUAACUAUAGGCGAUUGCCGUAUGAAGAGUGCCAUUAAUAUGUGUUAAGUAGCAGAGAUUGAUACAUCAGAAGAUUAAGUGCCCGAAAUUUAUCGCAUGAAAUAAAAGCAUGAAUUUCACUAAGAAGCUUACUUUAAGCUAAUGGAUUAUCGGUUAUACUGGACAUUAUUAUACGAAUUCCUUCAUUGUGACCAGCAAUUAAAACAUUCGCAAGCUAGUAUUGAUCUAUCAACGAUACAAAAACAAUCUGUCAAUUCUAACGCUUUGAUGGAUUGAAGACGGAUCAGGAUUUUUUGUCCUCGCGUUUUGAUUUUUUUAAACGUGAUAACAUAGAUUGUGUGUGUAUGCAGCAAGUGACACGGAUUUCUUAAGUACACUUUAACAAAAUUUACAAGGCCUUGCGCAUCUCCGAUCACACGAUCUGGCCCAGACUAACUUUACAGCUUGCUAUCCUAUCCCGUCGAAGGGGACUUUUCAUCGGACACCAUGCCGCCCGCGACGGCCCUUCAGUUCUUCCGGAAGCGACAGACGAUCGACAACCUCGUCAUGGAGCGGCCGCAGUCGCUUACGAUCUUCCGGGAGUGCGUCAGGAAGGCGCUCAUCGCCAUAGAGCGCCGAAUAGAGAUGCUGCAGCAGUCGUACUACGGACCGCAGAAGAACCUCGAGCGAGAAAUCAAGCGGUGGCUUGGUCCGCUGUCAAUCGUUUUGAACGAGUUUCGAAUCAGUUACCUGUUGUGCAGGACUCAGCUGGACGAUGUUGUGUAUAAAAAAAAGCGUUCCGAAGGUGACCCAACGUUGAUUGUGGAUUUCAAUAAAGACGCUGCCAAAAUAGUCCUAGAUAUCGUUGAACGUGUGUGUGAUUAUUUGAAAACUGGAUUCGGAGAUAUUAUCAAGGAUCUUAAAAUGAUUGCGGAAUACAUGUUCAAGUACUGCCGAAGCUUUUCUGACACGGAGGGCGAUAGUUAUCUAGAAACUGCUGUCAAUUACGAAAGACAGCGUAAGGAGUUUUCACAAGCUAUACAUUUCAACUUGGACGAUAUAGUCAAUAUGGCGGAACAAUUCGAAACAAAGGGUAUGCGAGUGCAUGAGCUAGGCUUUGUGGCACGAAACCUUGCGGAAAAGUGCAAUGCUACUCAUGCUCCAUUUCUAGUCAUUAUCCCACAGGCGUUUGAAAACCUGAAGAACGCCGUGGCGGGAAUUCGGCGCUGGUUGGACGCGGACGAAGUUUACGCGGACUUUAUCAAAUACGACAUUGAUGAGCUUGAAAAGAAGCGGGAGACACAGGAGAAAGAUACGAGAGAGAUGCAGGUGAAAUGUUCCAACAGCGACCAUAAAGUAAAAACCGCCAAACGACUGCUGGCGGACAUAACGGCGGAGGUCAAAAGUUUCGAAAACCGUGAAACGAUCUUAAUGAAGGAACGAAUAGACGCUCAAGCGCAAAUAAAAGACGUUGUGGACUUGGUCGAAAUUAAAACGUUCAGACGAGAGGAAGUUAAACACCGGUCUGAGGAGAUGACCGGAUACGAACUGGAAAAUUUCAAACUGUUGGAGCGGGAGAUAGUGGAUCUGAACGACAGGAAACCGGUUCUGGUAAAGAAGCUGGACGACAUCAACCGAAAGUUGGAUAUGAUCGCGGAGCGGCGUGAAACCAUGAACAAGCGGGAACAGGAAGUCAGCAAUGCUAAAUCGGAAGUGAAGAAGGUUAAACGGGACUUCCGGCAGCGCGAGGUGGAGCUGGAGCGGCUGGAUUUCAAUCUGGGACGCCUGAAGGAGAUCCUGCGGUACAAGACGUCACCGGAAGUCCUCAAGAAGAUUUUCCACGGGAUGCCGCUUACCGCCCGUCACGUGGCCAACAAAGGGAAGCGGCCGAUUAUGGACAAGCUGGAGCGCUCGUGCCGGCUCGCGGCUGCGCACAUCGAGAACGACUGGGCGAAGCUAUACCGCGCGCUGCCCUUCCAUCCGCCACGCGGUCAUGAAACCGUCUCGAACGACAUUGACGAGAUAGGCCGAGAGUUCAUGCGCACUCUAAACGAGGAGAUGAGUCGUCAAAGUCUAACGCGCUGGCGGAGAAUGCAUACUCGCGCAUGCGUAGACGAUUUAAAGAAGGCCCUACUUUCUGUCAAGCGCAAGGAUAUUGUUGACUUAAUCGAAGAGGACAUCAUAAAGAGGGCCAGUAAACCCAGCAUUCCUUCUCCUGCAUUCAGAACUGUGCGCUUUCCGAAACUGAAGACGUAACGAACCAUUUGUGUAGCUUACUUGAGUAGCGUUCUGGUAAAAGAGGGCUUAAUGCAUGUUCGUAGUGUCGACACGCAUCUUACGUGUCACGUUUAAAGUGUGCAGAAUGCUGAUGGCAAGAAACGAUAAAUGCAUGUUUUGAAUUUGGAAUGUGAUCUUACAGCAUAUCAGACUUACACACAAACUGCAUGAAACAUGGAAGGACUGUGAUGUGUUGAGAGUGACAUCAUAUUUCUCACUGAUGUGAACAUUUGAAUUGUAACAAUAUGACCAUUUGGUCGGAUUAAAAAGGGUAAUAACGCAGAAUAGCCAAUGCGAUACAUGAAUGGCAUAUUACAAUAGUUUGCAGUUUCUGAAAACUUGUAUCAAACCCGUUGGUUAUUUAAAGUCGUAUCGCUUGAAGGGGACGCAUUGUCACAAACAAGCGCAGAUACACCAUUACAGCUAAAUAUUCUAUAUGUACCAUAUACAGCAUGUUUCACCAAUCUACGGUUGAUUACAGCAUUAUUGUCGUUUUUGUUGUACGGGGAUACAACGAAGUGCUUCAAUAAAGACACAUCCAUUGUUACAAAA